AAGUAAAAGGUUUAUUUAUAGAUGCAGAUAAAAUGUUUUUACCACAUUUGGAGAUCUGAGAGGUUUUCUUUCUGUUCGUAGGCGUCGUCUCCGAGUUUGUGGUGCUUAGUGAUGAGAUUCUGUCGAUCACAGCCGGGCAGGUGAACAUCAGAGAAACAAAACAUAGACAGGUACGUGUUGUUUUAUAGAUUUACUGCAGAUAACUCAAUAAAAAUGGCUUUCCUCUUUUGAAGAGUAACUAAUAGAAACUUGUCAAGGUUUCUAUUGGUUACUAGAAACCAAUAGAAACCUAUUUCUAUUGGUUUCUAUUAAACCAAUAGAAACCAAUAGAAAACUAAAGUUUAAUCAGUUAAUUUAAAAAAAAAUAUCUGUGUCCUUUGUCUUAAACUUUGGAUCCGUCUCAGAUCAAGAUUAGAAGAAAAUACGGAUCAGAUUUAAUAGAGAAAACUAAAGACACUGCAGUGCUGCCAUCUGGUGGCGCUCUGCUAGAACAGCAUGUAAGUCCUCACCAUUUUAGGACAAUAAGCGAUAAGAUUUAUACUAUAUAAUGUUAAAUUGUUGUUAUUUUCUAAUAUUUCAGUUAUAUUUUUAGUUGACUUGUGCAGAGAACCCCAACAGAAAGUCAUAAUUACGAGUUUGAAAGUAAUAAUUACAAAGUAAAAUAAAUUUUUAGAUUUUCAAACUCAUAAUUUCGAUUUUAAAGCUCAUAAUUACGAGAUUGAAGGUAGAUAUUUCCAAUUUCAAAUUUAUAAUAAUGAGACAUAAAAUAAUAAGUAAAAUAUACAAACUAAGAAUAUGGCAUUGAGAUAGAAAAUCAUUUUUAUGGAGUCUUGCUCCCAUUUUCCUACUUUGUUUUUUAAUUUUUAUUUCAGAAACCAAAAUUUGUUUCUGAAAAGAAAGGUGCAAAACUUCAAAAAUAUUGUUUUUCUUCUGUUAUUGUAAUAUUUUCUGCAUAAAAGACUAAAUGUAAAACCAGAAAAUUUCUAAAAACAAAUCUAAGAUGCUGAAUAAUAUAUCUAACUUACACAAACUGCUUAUGAAUAAAAAAAAAUUCAUUUCGGGGUAUCAAAUUAAAUAUUUAAACUUAUAGAUGUUUAUGCAAUGCACUUGUAAUUGCUAGUAUUGGACACCAGGAGGCGAUGUUUUACAGAGGAAACACUGAUGCAAGCUUUGAAGUUCUGACCCAAUCUUUAGGAAGUGCUUUUAUUUUGAAACUCCCACCGGAUGCGACAUGUCGUGACGUUUUCUGACGUGGUUUAGAGGCGGAUCCACGCAGCAUCAGCGGGGUGUGUUUAUGUUCCCACGCAUGAAGGUGAGCAGGGAGAAGCGGCGGCAUGGUGAUGAUUGGACACUUUGCGCAUUUGGAGCGGCGCUGCGCGCAGUGAGUGCGCAGUGAGUGCGCUGGUUGGAGCUUUUUGCGCGCAGCUGGAGCAGCUCCAGGGAUGCUGCGGCUGCUCUGGCUGCAACCCGGGGCUGCGCCCUCCACCUCGUCCUCUCCACGCGUUGCCCCCCAUCCCAGUCUGUAAGAUGGGGACCAGUUUGUCCAGUCUGUCCAGUCUGGCAGCCUUCCAGUCGCUGCACAUCGUCAUGCUGGGUUUGGACUCUGCCGGGAAGACCACCGUCCUCUACCGGCUCAAAUUCAACGAGUUCGUCAACACGGUUCCCACCAUCGGAUUCAACACAGAGCGGAUUCGGCUGGGCGGCCCGGGCGCCUCCCGGGGCAUCAGCUGCCACUUCUGGGACGUCGGGGGCCAGGAGAAGCUGCGGCCCCUGUGGAAGCCCUACAGCCGCUGCACGGACGGCAUCGUGUACGUGGUGGACUCCGUGGACGCGGAGCGGCUGGAGGAGGCCCGCGCCGAGCUGCACCGGAUCACCCGCUUCCAGGAGAACCAUGGGACCCCGCUGCUGGUCAUCGCCAACAAGCAGGACCUGCCGCGGGCCCUGGACGUGGGGGACAUCGAGAGGCAGCUGGCCCUGUCCGAGCUGAGCCCGUCCACGCCGUACCACGUCCAGCCGGCCUGCGCCAUCAUCGGAGAGGGGCUGGACGAGGGCAUGGACAUGCUAUAUGAGAUGAUAGUGAAGAGGAGGAAGACUCUGAAGCAGAGGAAGAAGAAGUGACGCACGAGGAGCUGCCAGUAAAGUUUAUAUGGAAGGAAAAACAUUUAAUUCCCUGAAUCAGAAUGUAGCAGAAAGAGAAGAACUGGAGGAAGACAGGAGGAUCAGAGCCUCUGAAGACAGAAACAGAGGAGCAGAUCUGUGGAAAAAUCUGAGCUACUGAAGGCUGAAACUGGCUGAACCUGAAGCAUCUUCAGGACUGCAGAGCAAACGGACUGGAUGUCUGAACGACAUCACUUCCUGUCGCUCAGACGGACUGGACGUUUGAUCCACUUCCUGAAUCGUGUCAAAGCGUCACAUCCGAACCGCACUAACAGCAUGUUGGACCGGCUGGUGGAUUUCUGAGGCUCCCAGCCUCCUGGUUGCUCCUGCAUGACAGCCGCUCUGAUUCCAGACAAUAUUUAUCUGUGUCUGUGUGAAAAAGCCAAAAUACAGCGAGACCAAACCGUGUUACCUUCCAAAAUGUAAGAAAAGAAGUAUUUUUGGGAUUAAAAUCUUUCUAAAUGA